AUGAACCGUUAUAUUAUCGGUUUGAUAGUGUCUACGUGUAUCAUUUUUUCGGUUCGUUCCCAAAUGGUACCACCCCCAGACGUCUUCCUCUCUUGGCUCUUCAACGCCGCCUCCAACGAAAUCGACAACAUCGUCAACACCUUCACCUUCCGCGAAGUCUCCCCGGACGACAUAGCCUUCAUCUUGCACCUCUCCGACAACAAAACGCUUAAACUCGACCCCAAGAAGCUCACCCUCGACCCAUCAAAACCCACCAAAUUCGUGAUUCAUGGCUGGCAGGCUUCCGCUUUCGACGAGUCCAACGGCGACCUAGCGCAACGGUACCACAACCACGGGAACUACAACGUGAUCUCAGUGGAUUGGGCAGAUCACGCGAGGAAAGUUUACAUGCACUCGGCUAGUAGUACCAAAGACAUCGGCAACAUCCUUGCAGACUUCAUUUUGGAACUAACCCGAAAAGAAGAGAAGUUUUUGAACAAUAUGCAUCUGCUGGGUGUGUCUUUGGGUGGUCAUGUGGCAGGUUUCGCAGGCCAGAAGGUGCUACAAGAAAGCGGGAAAAAAAUUGGGAGGAUUACGGGGUUAGAUGUGGCUGCGCCGUUGUUUGAAGUACCGAGGAAGAGGAGUGCGGAUUCUAGGUUGAGUCCCGACGACGCUGAUUUCGUGGAUGUUAUUCAUACGAAUGCGGGGUUCCUGGGGGUGAGUGAGGCCAUCGGUACCGCUGAUUUUUAUGUAGAGAAUGGGGGACCUCUGCAACCUGGGUGUUUCAAUCUCGUCAAUAUUUUUGACUCGAUUGGUUGCAGCCACUUCAAAGCUGUCGAGUACUUCCAAGAUUCCAUCAACGGUAAGAAGUUUGAGGCUUUGUCGUGUCCGAAUUCAAUCGAGUACCACAUUCUGGCGUGCAAUAGUAACAAGAAAGUUGUGAUGGGUGAGCACGUACCACGAUCUGCUGCAGGACCCUACUACCUUGAGAGCGACUCUCCACUACCCUACAGCAAACUUUUAGAAAGUCCUUUCGGGAUUAAAAUAAACACGCCACGGUUUAGAUUACCGUUCAUCAACUAG